AUGGCACCUAGAGGCGAGACAGCCGUUAUAGGAGCUGCCGCGCUUGCCCGAGCGCAGGCCGGCAACCAAACGGGUGGGCUGCAUGCUUUGUGGGCCAACAUGAAGAUACUGUACAUUGCUCUGUUUGCGUCUUUUGGCGGACUUCUGUAUGGUUAUCAGCAGGGCGUACUCGGUCAAGCCCUCGUCAUGCAUUCGUUUGGGCGUGCAUUCCCAGCAAUCUACGACGACCCGGCCGCCCAAGGCUGGUUAACAUCCGUUCUACAACUGGGCGGCUGGCUUGGCGCCGUCUCCUCUGGUGUUUUCUGUGAAGUCUUCUCCCGAAAGCGAACCAUUUUCUUUGGCUCCAUCUGGGUCGUCUUGGGUUCUUACCUGACCGCUGGCGCCCCCACGUCCGGCUUUCUCUACGCCGGCAGAUUCUUCACCGGCGUUGGUGUUGGAACGCUUUCCGCCGUUGGGCCCCUGUACAAUGCCGAACUGGCGCCACCAGAGAUCCGAGGACUCCUUGUCUCGAUGCAACAACUUGCAACAACCGUCGGCAUAUUAUGUGCGUAUUGGGUGGCGUACGGUACGAACUACAUAGGCGGUACUGGAGACGGCCAGUCGGACUGGGCUUGGCGUACACCCUUGAUUAUUCAGGGGAUUCCGGCCAUCGUCCUCGCGUUUGGUGUCUGGCUCCUACCCUACUCCCCUCGCUGGUUGGUCAGUCAAAACCGCACGGAAGACGCUCUCAUUGCGCUCAGCCGACUUCGUGGAGCCCCGGUCGACGACAAGCUCAUCCAAAUCGAGUACCUUGACAUUCAGUCCGAGUGCCUAUUUGAGAUCCGCAUGUUCGAGAAACGUUUCCCCAAACUUUCGGAAAAGUGGCUGAAGAACAAAUGGUUCCGGCAGCUUGCCCAGUAUGGCCAAAUCUUUCAAACCAAAGAUUCCUUCAAGCGCGUUGCCAUCGCAUCUCUUGUCAUGUUUUUCCAGCAGUUCUCUGGAAUCGACUCUAUCAUUUACUACGCCCCAAAAAUCUUCAAGUCUUUGGGCCUCACUAGCAGCACCAGCUCUCUUCUAGCGACGGGUAUCACUGGCGUAAUUAAUGUUCUCACCACGAUUCCAGCCGUCCUUGUCAUCGACAAGGUUGGACGCAAGACAUUGCUCAUGUUCGGAUCCACCGGUAUGUUUUGUACGCUGAUUAUUGUUGGCGUAAUUGCCUCCCAGUUCCAAGAUGACUGGACCUCACACGCCGCUGGUGGCUGGGUCUGUGUUGUGAUGAUCUGGCUCUACAUCGUCAACUUUGCCUACUCGUGGGGCCCUGUUUCUUGGACCCUGAUUGCCGAAAUAUUUCCAUUGUCCAUCCGUGCAAAGGGAACGUCCAUUGGAGCAUCGGCCAAUUGGAUGUGCAACUUCGUUAUAGCCCUGGUAACGCCCAGCAUGCUGCACAGCAUCUCAUGGGGUUUAUAUAUAUUUUUCGCCGCCUGGCUUGCCCUGGGAGUCGUCUUCGUCUGGUUCUUCGUCCCAGAGACCAAAGGUAAAACUCUUGAGCAGAUGGAUCAAGUUUUCGGAUCCAAAACUAGCGCAGAAGAUUUAGAAGUACUUGCAGCCAUCCAGGAAGAGGUUGGUCUUCUGGCGGCUAUGGAGUCCAUUUUUGACCGAAAUGGGACCAAGGAAAGAGAAAACACACACAUUAGCAACCAGAAAGAGACUUGUGAAAGGGCACAAACCCAGCAUGUGGACUCUGUAGUCUAA